AUGAUGCGCAGAAUAUCCACUCGAGCUCCUCGGCAAUUGCUCUCUGUCGCCUCCAAGCCCCGAGGUCCCGCCCUCUUCCUCGCCGCCCGCGCCCUGUCCACCUCGUCUGUCGCUAGAAUGCCCCUCCACAGCAGCCACGCGACUCAGCCCGCCGAUGCCUUCCAGCUUCUCCCCGAGUCGCAAAAGGUUGGCGAGGCUGAGGACCGUCUGUACGAGGCUACUGUCAAGGAGAUCGAGGCCUGGUGGGCGUCGCCUCGCUAUGAGGGCAUCAAGCGUCCCUACAGCGCUGCUGAUGUCGCCUCCAAGCGCGGCACGCAAAAGAUUCAAUAUCCCAGCUCUGUCAUGGCUCAGAAGCUCUUCAACCUCAUUCAAGAGCGCCAGGCCAAGGGCGAGCCCAUCCACACCAUGGGCGCUAUUGAUCCCGUCCAGAUGACCCAGCAGGCCCCUCACCAAGAGGUUCUCUACAUCUCUGGCUGGGCCUGCUCCUCCCUCCUCACCUCGACCAACGAAGUUUCCCCCGACUUUGGCGACUACCCCUACAACACCGUCCCCAACCAGGUCCAGCGCCUGGCCAAGGCCCAGAACAUGCACGACCGCAAGCAGUGGGAUCUCCGUCGCAAGAUGACCCCCGAGGAGCGCGCAAAGACUCCCUACACUGACUACCUCCGUCCCAUCGUCGCCGACGGUGAUACUGGCCACGGUGGUCUCUCUGCUGUUCUCAAGCUUGCCAAGCUGUUUGCUGAGAACGGUGCUGCUGCUGUUCACUUUGAGGAUCAGCUUCACGGUGGCAAGAAGUGUGGUCACUUGGCUGGCAAGGUCCUCGUCCCCAUCGGCGAGCACAUCAACCGCCUUGUCGCCACCCGUUUCCAGUGGGACGUCAUGGGUUGCGAGAACCUCGUCAUUGCCCGAACCGACUCCGAGUCUGGCAAGCUGCUCUCCUCGGCCAUUGACGUCCGCGACCACGAGUUCAUCCUCGGUGUCGCUGACCCCUCGAUCGAGCCCCUCGCCGAGACCAUCCAAGCUAUGGAGGCCGACGGCGCUGUCGGCGCCGAGAUUGAUGCUUUCGAGGCCAACUGGGUCAAGAGCACCAAGCUCGUCACCUUCGACGAGGCUGCCGUCGCACACAUGCAGAAGGAGGGCGUUGCCCAAGCCCAGAUCGAUGAGUACCUCGCCGAAACGGCCAAGGACCGCGACAUGGGUAUCUCGCGCCGUCGCCACCUUGCCGACAAGUACACCAAGACACCCGUCUACUUCAACUGGGACGUCCCGCGCACCCGCGAGGGUUUCUACCACUACCGCGCCGGCAUGGAGGCCGCCACCAAGCGUGCGCUCGCCUUCAGCCCCUACGCCGACCUCCUCUGGGUCGAGACUGGCGACCCCAACGUCGAGGUGGCCGCUAAGCUCGGCCGUACCGUCCGCGAGGUGAACCCUGGCAAGGGUCUCGUCUACAACUUGUCUCCCUCAUUCAACUGGAUGGCCCACGGCUUCACUGAUGAGACGCUCAAGUCGUUCAUAUGGGACAUUGCGCGCGAGGGCUUCGUGCUGCAGCUCAUCUCCCUGGCUGGUCUUCACUCCAACGCGACCAUCACGACAGAGCUGGCUCGCAACUUCAAGACGGAGGGUAUGAAGGCGUAUGUUGAUCUCGUGCAGCGUCGUGAGAAGGAUCUCAAGUGUGAUGUCUUGACACACCAGAAGUGGAGCGGUGCCAGCUACAUCGAUGGCAUCCUAGGAGCCAUCCAGAGCGGCAGCUCGAGCAGCAAGAGCAUGGGUGAAGGCAACACUGAAGGACAGUUCCAUUAG